AGUCAAAUCAGUUUUUGGUGUUCGUCCGUCCGUUUUGUGUUCAAUUUUAAAUACUUCUAACAUCUUUUAACAAUAAAUAUUUAUGUCAACCGAAUAUUAGCUAUGGUACCUGGUUUGUUACAAAAAAAAAUUGAUAUGAAUUUGAAAUACUGUAUAGAAAUUCAAUUUACGCAACAAUAUCAGUAAAUGCUAUAUGAUGAAUCAAUCCAAUCAGUCAAGUAAACAUAGGCGAUCUUAUUCUGACGAGGUUUCAACUAUAAAAACCUGUGAUUUCAGAAGUCACUGUAAUAUAAAAAGUCAUAAAAAACAUGGUGAUGUAGACUAUAUACAUGAUCAACAACAAGAAUCAUACAGUAAAUGCUAUAAGAUGAAUCAAUUCAAUCAGUCAAGAAAACAUAGACGAUCUUAUUCUGACGAGGUUUCAACUAUAAAGACCUGUGAUUUCGGAACUCAGUGUAAUAUAAUAAGUCAUAAAAAACAUGGUGAUGUAAACUAUAUAGAUGAUCAACAACAUAAAUCAUACAACAUAGAACAACCGAAAUAUAGAGAAGAUAGAGAAGAUACAAAAAAUACAGAAGAUACAGAAGAUACAAAAAAUACAGAAGAUAUAAAAGAUACAGAAUGUAUAGAACAAUUAAAUGUUAUUAAAAAACAGAUGAGUAGUACAGCAGUAGUACUCGGUAAGUUAAAGAGAAAUAUAGGAAUAGUAGAAUCACUUAUCGUAAUGCAUUUUGAAGGAAGUGUACCUUUUGACAUGAAUAUAUUCCAUCCAAAAAAAGUAGAACGUACCAUAGUCGAUGAGUCUGAUGAUGAGGAUUUAGACAAAGAAUGUAGUAGUCAAACAAAAAUUGCAAGACGUAUGUUAAAGUUAGAAAAGCUAAGACGUAGUGCAGAACAGGCGGCUGAUGAGAUAAACGAAACUAAGAAAGAAUGUGAUUCAAUUAUGCAAACGUUGCUUUUGGGAAAAUUUUAUAAGACUGAUGAUGAUGAUUUAGACAAAGAAUCUAGUAGCCAAACAAAUUCUACUGAAACCGAUGAGGAUGUUACUGACGGAUCAGUUAAUUCCAUACACGAUGCGACUGAUGAUGAUGAUUUAGACAAUGAAUCUAGUAGCCAAACAAAUUCUACUGAAACCGAUGAGGAUUUUACUGAGGAAUUAGUUAAUUCCAUACACGAUGCGACUGAUGAUGACGAUUUAGACAAAGCAUCUAGUAGCCAAACAAAUUCUGGUGAAACCAAUGAAGAUGUUACUGAGGAAAUUGUUAAAUCAUCAACUAGUAAAAAGCAAACAAAACUAAAAAGAACCAUACACGAUGCGACUGAUGAUGAGGAUUUAGACAAAGAAUAUAGUAGUCAAUUAAAUUCUACAAAAAACGAUGAGGAUGAUAAUGAGAAAUUUGUUAAACCAUCAACUAGUAAAAAGCAAACAAAAGUAAAAAGAACCAAAUACGAUGUGAAUGAUGAUGAAGAUUUAGACAAAGCAUCUAGUAGUCAAACAAAUUCUAAUGAAACCAAUGGGGAUGUUACUGAGGAAAUUGUUAAAUCAUCAACUAGUAAAAAGCAAACACAACUAAAAAGAACCAUACACGAUGCGACUGGUGAUGAGGAUUUAGACAAAGGAUCUAGUAGUCAAUUAAAUUCUACAAAAACCGAUGAUGAUGAUAAUGAGAAAUUAGUUAAACCACCAACUAAUAAAAAACAAACAAAAGUAAAAAGAACCAAACACGACUAGACUGAUGAAUCUAGUAGUGAACAAUUAUUGUAAUAAUUAAUAACAUAAUAUGAAUAAAUAUG